GCCGCGCUGCGUCGCUCUCUCGGUUCCACGUUGACGAAUUGACGACUACCCUGUUGACCUUCCACGUAGCACGCGGUGCUGCUAGUAAUGGUGGCAACCGUCACGUUAUGCCGGAGCGUCGCGCCGUAGGAUCAGUAUCGUAGUGAGUGGAUGUGAGAUCGAAUUAACCGGCAUUCCUAACUGAAAGGGUGGUCGGCGAGCAGCGUGACACAAUGAAGAGGUUUAACGUUUUCCUAUUCGUGGCCCUUUCGGCGUUCGCACUUGCGGCGAAUGGAGGAUAUGGUGUUUAUGCUCAAGAAGAUGAGAAUAUUGAUGAUAUCGUCGAUGUGGAAGGUGAAGAAGGUAGUAUAAUAGCAGAUGAAGAGACAGAGGAAGAUACGAGCAAUGCUUCGGCUGAUGCUGAUACGACAAUACUUUUCACAAGACCCAUUCACAAUGCAUUAUCUACUCUUGAAUUACCAGCUGGAAAUAUAGUGGAAUUUCUUGUUGGUUUCACCAACAAGGGUGAGGAUGACUUUGUUUUGGAAUCAUUGGAUGCUUCUUUUCGUUAUGCAAUGGAUUUUAACUUUUAUAUUCAGAACUUCUCAACAUUCACAUUUAACAAGGUUGUGAAACCCAAGCAUGAAGCCACCUUAGCUUAUUCCUUUAUACCAGCUGAUAACUUUGCUGGAAGACCAUUCGGUUUAAAUGUUAAUCUCAAUUACAGAGAUGCGAAUGGAAUUUCCUAUAAUGAAGCAGUUUUCAAUGAAACUGUACAAAUUAUAGAGAUAGACGAUGGUCUUGAUGGAGAAACUAUCUUUCUCUAUGUAUUUCUCACAGCGUGUGUUAUAUUGACGCUUGUGGGAGGUCAGCAAUUAUUAUCAUCUCUGGGACGCAAGUCGCGCUCCUCUACUACCCGUAAAGCGCCUGUAGAAAUGGGCACAUCUAAUCCUAACAAUGUAGAUUACGAUUGGCUGCCAAAGGAAACUCUUAACAGAAUUAAUAAAUCUAGAGGUAUGGUACCUAGGUUUUCAAAGCAAAGUCCAGGACAAAGAAAAGCAAAAAGAACAGCUGGUUCUGAUGACUGAACUAUGUUAAUAUUUAUGUAUGUAUAUUAUUUAAAAAUGACACAAGAGAAUCUGUAUUGUGCGAUCGCAAUAAUUUUUAAAAAACCAUCUGGAAGUUCCACAAUCUUGAUGUUUUGAUUCGUGUAAAAUAUUUUUCACAUAAUUAUAAUUAGUAAUGAAAAAUGAAAAUUUUUAAUAUUUAAGGCAAUAAUGCAGGGAGAAUCAUAUUGCUGAUAUAUUUUCAUCCCUAUGAUUUAUACAUAUAUAUUCAAUGUCUUAAUAAAGACAUGAUAAUAUAGCGAUACUCAACAUUUUUUGUUUGCACAAAAAUCUGCAUAUAGAGUCACAUUGUACUUAGCGUAAUGAAUAUUAUUUUUUUUGUCCAGAAUAAAUCUUUCCAUUUUUCUUUUCGUUUUCUACGUCAUCUCGAACAACAUGAAUGCGUGCGUGCGUGCGUAUUGUACGGAGGCGAAAAUUGUGAUUAUUCUGUAAUUAUUUUACUAAUAUAUGCGAGUAUGUUCAAAUAAAA